CUACGAGGAGGUCCCACCGCCGCCUAGCUAAUUCUUGACUCUGACUCUACACUCACGACUUCGCUCGCGUCCCCUCUCGAUUCUUCAUAAGGAGCCAGCCAUUCGUGUUCGUCGUUGCAGGCCUCCCUUCCACGCUCAUCAAUUUACAUCACUUCCGCCACAUAACGUUGCCUGCUUGCACACCCCAAAUCAAGGCUCAUACAAUCUCCAGCCACCGCAAAUAUGGUUGCCGCCUCCGCCUCCGAGGAGCUCGAUGUGGUCAUCAUUGGUGCUGGUAUCUCCGGCAUCAAUGCAUCCUACAGACUGCAAACCAUGACCAAGUGGCAAAAUUACACCGUGCUCGAAGGUCGCUCCGAAAUGGGCGGAACUUGGAGCCUAUUCAACUACCCCGGCAUUCGUUCAGACUCGGACAUGUACACUCUUGGCUUCCCCUUCCGACCAUGGCUCGACGCCAAGGGUAUUGCGAGUGGAGAGGACAUUUUGAAGUACGUCAAGGAUACGGCCCGCGAGACGGGCGUUGACAAACACAUUCGCUACAAUCACAAAGUACAACGAUUGGACUGGAAUUCCGAGACCAAGAGAUGGACUCUCUACGUCAACGCCAAUGGCCAAGAGAAGACCUUCACUUCCCGCUUCGUGUAUUCGUGCGCUGGGUAUUACAGCUAUGACGAGGGCCAUAACCCAGAGCUGCCGGGUCAGGACAACUUCCAGGGCAAGCUUGUUCACCCCCAAUUUUGGCCGAAGGAUUUGGACUAUGUCGACAAGAAGGUGGUGGUCGUUGGCAGCGGAGCAACUGCGAUCACUGUCGUUCCAGCUAUGGCUGAGAAGGUCAAGAGCAUCACGAUGCUGCAGAGAAGUCCCGGGUAUUUCCUCAAGCUGCCUAGGCGAGACGCGGUAGUAGAGUUGUGGAAGAAGAUCUUGCCCAGCCAAGCUGCCCACUCGUUCAUCCGCAUGAGAAAUGCUUUCCGCGCAUACCUGCUGGUCUGGAUCUGCAAAGGCUUCCCCAGCGUUGCCAGAAGAGUGCUGAGAUACUUGACUGCCAAGGAGCUCCCCCCUCACAUUCCCUUGGACCCUCACUUCAACCCCAGCUACAAUCCUUGGGACCAGCGUAUCUGCCUGGACCCUGACGGCGAAUUUUUCGCCUCCCUUCGCUCCGGAAAAGCCAACAUUGCAACAGGACAUAUCGACACAAUCACUUCGAAUGGCAUCAAACUCAAAGACGGAAGCUUUUUGGAAGCAGACAUCAUCAUUGCUGCGACAGGGCUCAAAAUGACAAUGGCAGGAGGCUCUCAGCUGUACGUGGAUGGAAAGAAGAAAGACAUCGGACAACUGUACAUCUACAAAGGACAGAUGCUCGAAGACGUACCAAACUUUGGUCUCUGCUUGGGCUACACCAACGCGUCAUGGACGCUCGGAUCCGACUUGGCAUCUCGCUACAUUGCGCGCUUGAUCAACGAGAUGGACAAGAAGGGCAUCGACGUGGUCACUCCUCGCUGCGACCACACUACUGUGAACGAAAAGCCGCUGAUCAACCUCAAUUCGGGCUACAUUACCAGGGCUCGAAAGGAUCUGCCAAAGGGAGGAAACAAGGCCCCCUGGUACCUGCGACACUCUUUCUUCUACGACUUGCUCGUCGUCAAAUUUGGAAGCGUCCUCGACAGCCUCGAGCUUUCUGCUGCCACUCGCGCCCAAGAGCUGACAGAGUGAGCGCAAGAGUAGCAAGUCCUUUGCGAAAGGAGAUCGCUAUUCAAUAAGACACUAACAAGACGUGAACAAUACACAACAUACUUUUUACUUGGACCCUCCCAUCUCUCUCUUUGUAAUUCAAUCUUUGCUAUUCUCGUCAGAUAUUCAUAGGCCCCACGCUUGGACGUUCUGGCUUGCGUGCAUGAGAGCGUCCUAGGAGGCGACAUAUGCCUGCU